AUGGAUAAUUUAUUAAGUAUUUCUGACUGCUAUAAAGCGUGCAAUGAAGAGUUCUCGGUCGCUAACCCUAACCGACUCUUCUGCAAGAAAGGAUGCGAUAGUGACGAAAAAUUCUUAAUCUAUCUAUUUUAAUAACGAAAUCAUUUUUCUUUAAUUGGAGUCGCUUAAGUAUUUUUCUUAUAUAAUUUAUUAAAAUGCAGAGUUUUAGAGCUUUAUUUAAAUUGAGAAAAUAAAGAAAGCAUUUAUAAGUACUAAAAGAUGUUUUAAACUAUUGAAAUUAUAAUAAAUAUUAAAAAAUUAAAGAGUAUAAAAUCAAAGCAAUUUUUUUCUUCUUAUUAUUUGAAAGUUCUUUGAAAAAAUCUAUUAUAAUUAAUAGAGGAGAGCUGGAAUGCAAAUCAGAAUUCUGUCCUGGACUAUGCAUAAAAAGUGAACUAGGAGAAGAAGACAAUAAACAUGGAGGCUGGUCCAAGCUCUUUUCAAGAGCUCCUGGUUCCCGCCCUGAUGACUGCCUGAAUGCUUGCUUUUACGGCUGCACUCAUAAAGAUGAAGAAGAAAAUGAUGAUUAA